GCCUCCUCUCUCGGUCUCUCUCUAUCCACCACACUCUCUCUCUCUCUCGUCCUCUCUAGAGAAAGCAUCAGACCGAGAAAUCGAAGAGAAUGAGGGAAAUCCUUCAUGUGCAGGGAGGCCAAUGCGGCAACCAGAUCGGUGCCAAGUUCUGGGAAGUAGUGUGCGCCGAGCACGGCAUCGACUCCACCGGCAGGUACAAGGGUGACACCGAUCUCCAGCUUGAGAGGGUCAAUGUCUACUACAACGAGGCCAGCUGCGGGCGUUUCGUUCCCCGCGCCGUUCUUAUGGAUCUGGAGCCCGGAACCAUGGACAGCAUUCGCUCCGGGCCCUACGGCCAGAUCUUCCGUCCUGAUAACUUCGUCUUCGGCCAAUCUGGUGCUGGAAACAAUUGGGCCAAGGGCCAUUACACCGAGGGCGCUGAGUUGAUCGACUCGGUGCUCGAUGUUGUUCGAAAGGAAGCGGAGAACUGUGAUUGUUUGCAAGGAUUUCAGGUUUGUCACUCGCUUGGAGGUGGGACUGGAUCGGGGAUGGGAACCCUUCUCAUAUCGAAGAUCAGGGAAGAGUACCCUGAUCGGAUGAUGCUCACCUUCUCCGUCUUCCCCUCCCCUAAAGUCUCUGACACUGUUGUUGAACCUUACAACGCGACGCUAUCCGUCCACCAACUCGUCGAGAACGCGGACGAAUGCAUGGUCCUUGACAACGAGGCUCUCUAUGACAUCUGUUUCCGAACCCUCAAGCUCACCACACCAAGCUUUGGGGACCUGAACCAUCUGAUCUCCGCCACCAUGUCCGGAGUGACAUGUUGCCUGAGAUUCCCAGGACAGCUUAACUCCGACCUCCGAAAGCUCGCCGUGAACCUGAUCCCUUUCCCCCGCCUCCACUUCUUCAUGGUCGGCUUCGCCCCGUUGACAUCCCGUGGAUCCCAACAGUACAGCGCCCUCACCGUCCCUGAGCUUACUCAACAGAUGUGGGACGCCAAGAACAUGAUGUGCGCCGCUGAUCCCAGGCACGGGCGUUACCUGACAGCCUCCGCCAUGUUCCGUGGCAAGAUGAGCACCAAGGAAGUGGACGAGCAGAUGAUCAACGUGCAGAACAAGAACUCGUCCUACUUCGUUGAGUGGAUCCCCAACAAUGUGAAGUCCACCGUAUGUGAUAUCCCACCGACGGGACUGAAGAUGGCAGCAACCUUCAUCGGGAACUCCACUUCGAUUCAGGAAAUGUUCAGAAGGGUGAGCGAGCAAUUCACGGCUAUGUUCAGGAGGAAGGCCUUCUUGCAUUGGUACACGGGUGAAGGAAUGGAUGAGAUGGAAUUCACAGAGGCAGAGAGUAACAUGAAUGACUUGGUCUCCGAGUAUCAACAAUACCAGGACGCAACCGCUGAUGAGGAAUUAGAUUAUGAAGAAGAGGAAGAAGAAGAAGAAGAAGAGGGCCAGGAGGUGUGAUUGCAAAAAAAAAAAAGCCCCCAGUGAAGUAGUAGUGAACUGCAAUGCAACUGCCCUUGUUGCUGCCAGCAACAUCAACUCCCCAUGUCUUCAAUUGUUUUUUAGUCAUGUUUUUGCCUUCUUCUAUUGUUCUUUUUGUUUUUAAUUUCCCAUUAUAUAUGGCAGGAUUAAUAUGAUAAGUUUUGCUUCUAGCGAUCUAA